UGGGCGGGACGGGCGGGCGCGGGGCGGUGGCUGGAGAGCUCCGCUGAGCACCGGGUCGCGCGCGGCCGAGUCGCGGAGGCGCCUCCGCUGCAGUCGCUGCGUCUCCAAGCAACAUGGCUGACAAGGCCAAGCCAGCCAAAGCUGCCAACAGGACGCCCCCCAAGUCCCCGGGGGACCCCUCGAAGGACCGGGCGGCCAAGAGGCUGUCGCUGGAAUCGGAGGGUGCCAGUGAGGGGGCAGCCGCAUCCCCUGAGCUCAGUGCCCUGGAGGAGGCCUUCCGGCGCUUUGCCGUGCACGGGGACACCAGGGCCACCGGGAAGGAGAUGCACGGCAAGAACUGGUCGAAGCUGUGCAAGGACUGCCAGGUGAUCGACGGCAGGAACGUGACCGUCACCGACGUGGACAUCGUCUUCAGCAAGAUCAAAGGGAAGUCUUGCCGGACCAUCACCUUUGAGCAGUUCCAGGAGGCGCUGGAGGAGCUCGCCAAGAAGCGAUUCAAAGACAAGAGCAGCGAGGAGGCCGUUCGCGAGGUGCACAGGCUCAUCGAGGGCAAGGCGCCCAUCAUCUCAGGGGUGACGAAAGCCAUCUCGUCGCCCACAGUGUCGAGGCUCACGGACACCACCAAGUUCACGGGCUCCCACAAGGAGCGCUUCGACCCCUCUGGCAAAGGCAAGGGCAAGGCUGGCCGCGUGGACCUGGUGGACGAGUCGGGCUAUGUGUCCGGCUACAAGCAUGCAGGCACCUACGACCAGAAGGUGCAAGGGGGCAAGUAGCCCCCGCUCCAUGCCUCGCGGCACUGCCGGUGUCCCCGGAGCAGGGACUCUGUCACCUCGCACUUCAUUACAUUCCUGUACUAACUGCGGCAGAACUCAGACGGGUGCCCCAGAGGGGGCUGGGGGGCGGCCAGGCCCAGGCCUCCCUCCUGCCCCUCCUCCUACCGGAUGCCCCCAGCACUCCCCUCUCAAACCAGGUUUGGGCCCCAGUUCACUGACCCUCCUAAUACACCUGCCUCGUCCUCAGCCAUUUCCAAAGUGUCUCGCGGAUCACACCACACUGGGCACGUGGUUUGCAGGUCAAAGGGGCGUUUUAAAGCAGCUGGCUGUCAUGGCAACAGGAGGCUGUGCUGACCUCCUGAACGGCAGACACCUUCCAGGAGCCCUGAGGGCGGCAGGAGCUAACCCCAACCAGCAGGCAACUAACACGGAGUUGGCCCCACACCGGACGUGGGAGGUGUCGUGGGGCCCGAGGCCUGUCCUGUGUGCAGCCGCCACCACGGGGCCUUCCUGCUUUCCUGGGCAGAGGGCAGAGUGAGGCCACCUGGCAGGGGUGCUGGGCACCUGGCACAUGUGUGGGGAAGCCGGUCACAUGGACACACCUGUGCACACAUGCCUACAGGCCAGCUCUGUGCCAAGGGCAACCUAGGUAAAACGAAAGCUGUCGGGGGCAGUGGGCGGCUUCCCGGCUGACCACAGUGGCUUGGACUGUGAGGGUAGAGUAGACUCGCUUUGCUUUCCUGAGAAGAUGCGGUGGCUGCCUAUGUUCUCAGAGCGGGUCUGGGAAGAUUCAGAAUGUCCGGUCCCUGUGGUGUUGCCAGGCAAGAGACAUGAAGUGCCGAGACACUCCUCGCCUCACCGCGUGACAGAGCCUCUGCCCGGCCCUCCCGUUCGCCCGUCCUCGCUAGCUGCACCCUGUUUGCUCGCAGACCUCCCAUUGCCACAGCCCAAGCACCUUCUUCAACUCUCCCAAAAUGUCUCAGCCUAACCUCUCCUGGCCAAUCCCCCCUGCUGGAGAGCAGGACACUAGCGAGGACCCCCAGGCCUGCGGUGUCUGUGGGGGUUUCUCUGCCAGCAGGGGGCUGAGCAGAGCCCAUCCAGGACACUCCACACUGCCAGGACACACCCAGGCGGCCCGCCCUUGCCUGUCUGCACCUGGGGAGAAGCCAGCGCUCCUGCUCCCUCCUGGGGAGGCUGACGGGUGUGGCCACCCGCUGUCACAAUGGCACACUGCCACUGUCCCUUGGCACGCACACAGCCACAGCCACACGUGUGACCUGCUGGGCCGUGGUUCUGGAGUCUACCUGCGGAUGAGCCUGCGGCAGUCCUGGAGAAACUUUUCCAGAGCCUAUUAGCCCGUGGCUACGGUCAGGCUCUGGCCAGGGCAGAGGGCUGCCCAGGGCCAGGCUCACAGUACAGGAGGAUGGCGAGGCCCCUCCCUCACUGGCACGCAUGAGCACCACCCGCCUCCCCGACUCCCCGACUCCCAAGAGUGCACCUGCUGCGGCCACAGCCCCGUGGAAGGACUCCCCCUACCUGAGCAGAGCAGAAGCCCCAGGGCGGAGCUCCCAGCCAGCAUGGUCCGCUGAGGGCUGGGGGGUCUCCGAGGCCCCUCAACAGAGAAGCCUCCACCUGAGGAUGGGGAGGACCUGGCAGGCAGCUUCCACGGCAGGCCUGGGAAGUUCAUGGUGCCUGGAAAUAAAGACCAAGGAAAAAUGGACCUCAGGCUUCGUGGCUCCUUUAGGAUGUCACCUCACCGGCCUGGGGAAGGCGGGGGGUGCCCAAGCCCAGCCCUGUGCCCCCGCUGAACCUGGCUGGACCGCGUGUGAAAGGCAGAACUAACGUGCGGAAACAUUUCAAAACAACUCUGAAUGUGCAGUGCGGAAUCGCCCGAUCACAGACAAGCAGUCAUCGGAAUCACCCGAUCACAGACAAGCAGUCAUCGGACGCACCGAUCACAGACGAGCGGCCACCGGAAUCGCCCGAUCACAGACGAGUGGCCACCGGAAUCACCCGAUCGCAGACAAGCAGUCAUCGGACUCACCGAUCACAGACGAGCGGCCACCGGAAUCACCCGAUCACAGACGAGCGGUCACCGGAAUCGCCCGAUCACAGAUGAGCGGUCACCGGAAUCGCCCGAUCACAGACGAGUGGCCACCGGAAUCACCCGAUAACAGCCCAUCACAACUCCAAAGCCCUUGUGUUGAAAAGGCCAAGGACGAGUGGUCACCAAACAGGGUGGCUCCCCAGGUCCCGAAGCCUGAGACCCGGAAGACCCUGGCACCCUUACACCCUCGGACUCCUGCCCUCCUCGCCCUCCCUGGCCCCAGCGCGGCUCCACCCUGGGCUGCGUCUCCUGGUCACAGGCUGCGUUUCUCUUCUGUCCGUGGGCAGCCCAGUCCCCACAGUCACGGCCAAGCCACGCAGAACGAACAUGACUCCAGAGGACCUCGCCCUGGAGCUGAGCCUGGUGCCGGGUCAGGACGGAGGGACAGGCGGGUUGGGGUCCGCGGGUCCUCACACGGCAGGCACAGAGGCUCGCCAGGCCCUGCUCCGGUCUGUGGGGACGAGGGACACUGAGGAGAGGUGCUGGGCACCAGGACGCUGCCUCCUGGUCCCUGGUUGGCCUCAGACAAGAACGGCCUCGAGAAAAGAGCCAAGCGCAUCGGGAGCACACCAGAAACCGGCCCUGAGCACGAGAAGCGCCUCCGCCCGGCCCGGGCACCACCCGACCUCGCAGGGAGCAGGCCCUGUCACCGACGGGUCACCUCGUCCAUGCGGCCAGCACCGACUCACCACAGCCCUUCCCAGACUUGGCUGGAGUGGCCGGAGCGGCGGGGCUCAUGGCUCCCAUCUUGGCCCCUGGAGGUGAGCUCAUUCACAGAAGUGGUCCCUUCACUCUGAGAAAAUCGUGGCGUGCAUCCCAAACCCUAGGCCACGCCUGUGGGUUUCGUGAAUGAGAUCGAGGCUGCUGUGGCACCCUGCCCGUCCUGGCCUGGAGCACCCUGGGAUCCUGGAGGGAGAGGCCCCACGCCCCCACUCUCCCUCCACACUUCCAGGGUUGGUGCCCACGAGUUAGAGGCACGGCCUCCCUGGUGUCCCGCCCUCCCCCAGCGGCCCUCAGGCUUUUCUCAGACAUGCGGGAGCCAGGAGGGCACCCUUCUCCACUCAGCUCCAAAGCGAAUCUUUGAAAACACCCACUCGGCUCCCAUCUCUGUCACCUAGCCAGGAGGGGUAGCAAAAAUAAAGUCACGAGGACAUAGUGGUCACCAUUGUCAGUUACAACUUGUCUGUGGAAUCCGUAAUUGCAUCUGUGUGCCGCCUCCGAACACAGAACAUUGUUUGGACGGCAGCCCCACUGCACAUAACAGACCCAUGCAUCUUCCUCAGUCAGUUUCUGAAUAUUGUGAAUUCAGGCAGGUGUGUGUUCUCUUCUGCAUGUUUUUAUGCACUGCCAAUUAGCUUCUACUAACCAUGGUUCAACAGAAAAUAAAUGUGUAUUUGUGAAUAACAAACUGCACAACCUGCAAACCAGGAGAGAGGAACAGGUUCUGUCAGGGGUGACACCAGGACACAGGGACAGGUUCUGUCAGGGGUGACACCAGGACACAGGGACAGGUUCUGUCAUGGGUGACACGAGGACACAGGGACAGGUUCUAUCAUGGGUGACACCAGGAGAGAGGGACAGGUUCUGUUGGGGUGACACCAGGAGAGAGGGACAGGUUCUGUUGGGGUGACACCAGGAGAGAGGGACAGGUUCUGUUGGGGGUGACAAGAGGAGACAGGGACAGGUUCUGUCGGGGGUGACACCAGGAGAGAGGGACAGGUUCUGUCGGGGGUGACACCAGGAGAGAGGGACAGGUUGUCGGGUGACACCAGGAGAGAGGGACAGGUUCUGUUGGUGACACCAGGACACAGGAAUAGGUUCUGUCGGGAGGACAGUGCUGAUCGUGUCUCAGCAUCAGGAAAGGAGAAAGGCAGAGGGAGAGCACUGAGAAGACUGUUCACGCCAGAGUGCUUAUUUAUUUUUAAUUUACUGCUAUAGGAUAAGCAACCAGGUAGUGUUCCUAACAGUUAGCGUUACCAAAAUUAAAGUUCAAAUUAUAUGUUUAAAAUAUUGUAGAAGAUAUAUAUUUAUACUGGACUACUUUUACACCUUCUAAUAUCCUGUCCAAGUUUGGGCGCAGAUGGUGGAGUUGGGCUGGCAUCAUGUCCUGUGGCCGCCCCACUUGCCUUUUGGUGCCACUCCAUCCCGGGCCCCAGGGAUGCCAGCUCAGGGCUGACCACAGCAGCCCUGCGUGGGCAUCACCUCCUACCCCAGCCCCCAUCCUGGGCUGCUGCGGCCGCCUGCUUUUGUGAAUGGUGUUUUGUUGGCACAGGGCCUGUCCUGUGUUUUCACACAGGCCUGUGGCUCCUGCUGUACAAGUGGAGGGGGGAGGAGUUGAGAUGGAGACGCCUUGGCCCUGGACACUUACCUGUCCCUCUACUGGCCCAGCUCAUCUCCUCCUGUGGGCAAUCACGCGUGCACUGGCCACCCUCCCACGCCACAGCACACACCACAAGGGGAUGGCACAGGGGGAAGAUGAGGCUGGACCAUGAUGUUAUCAAUAGGCUAGAACGUCCUUCAAACACUGAACCUGCAUCUUUCCUCCUCUUACUACUGAACACUUUGUGAGCUCUGGUGGUCCAGGGUGCAGCGUUUGUCCCCGGGCAUGUGAUGGGGAGUCCUGGGCACAUCGAGAUGCUUUACUUCUUUCUUUCGACCUCUUAAAAAACUAAACCAAGCCAAACCACAAAGGAAAUCUGCACAACUUAAGAGAAACUUGAAAGGGAUCGUGUAACUACUAGUUUGUACUAAGUUUUUUUCAAGAAAGGGAAACAAAUUUAUAUAUAUAUAUAUAUGUGCAAUAUAUUUUUACACUGUGUGAUUAACAUUAGGGAGUACUGAGUGCAUCACUUUAUCAGUGUGACGGGUGAUGUCCACGUCAUGGCUGUUCUGACUCUGAAAGCCACUUCUGCUGAUGUCUAAACCGCACUCACCGCGGACGUCCGCAGGGUGGGGUGGCCCUGCUGUCCCUCCUGCAGGUGAGAGGCGUGGUGUUGCCUGUUGGACUUGCUGUUGAGCCUGGCUUGCAAACCUGUAGUGAAACAGCUCGUGUCUGUGUGCACACUGCCCCUGUGUCUGCUGUCGUUAACAUUGUGUGUCAAGUUGGUAAAGUGACAAAUAAAGGUGUUAAAACAUGGA